AUGGCCUCCCAAGUCCUCCUCCAAACAAAGCUCUUCAGGCCAGGUCCUGCCCAGCUGUCUGGCUUCAUCCGCCGCUACUCGGCUCCCGUCGCCAACGCCAUCCCCGCGGCUAAGAAGAAGUACGUGCCCACCUGCGGCACCUACCCCCAGGGCUUCGACGCCUCCGGUAUCAUUGUGGGCGUGAAGCCCGGAAACACCACCAAGCCCGACGUUGCUCUCAUCUCGUCGCACCUUCCCUGCUCCGCUGCGGCAGUCUUCACCAAGAACAAGUUCCAGGCCGCGCCGGUUACUUUUAGCAGGGACCUGCUCAAGAAGAAGUCCAAUGCAGGCAUUCGCAGCGUGUUGAUCAAUUCGGGGUGCGCCAAUGCCGUGACUGGAAAGGGUGGGCUUGAGGAUGCCAAGCUGAUGGCUGGCGCGGCGGACAAGAGCUUGGGGAGCCAUGAGGCUACUGUGGUUAUGAGUACCGGUGUCAUUGGUCAGAGGCUUCCUAUCCAAAAGAUUGUAGACAACGUCCCGACGGCCUUCGAGCGCCUCGGCUCCUCCCACGACCACUGGCUCACCUGCGCCCGAGCCAUCUGCACCACCGACACCUUCCCCAAGCUCCGCUCCCGCACCUUCACCCUCCCCUCCUCGGGCCCUUCCAUCGAGUACCGCAUCGCCGGCAUGACCAAGGGCGCUGGCAUGAUCCACCCCAAUAUGGCGACCCUCCUCGGCGUCAUCGCCACCGACGCCCCCGUCGCCCCCGAGCUCAUGGCCCCUCUUCUCAAGCACGCCGUCGACCGCUCCUUCAACAGCCUCACCAUCGACGGCGACACCUCCACUAACGACACCGUCGCCUUCCUGGCUAACGGCGCCGCCGGCGGCUCCGACAUCGCCGAGGCCGACUCACCUGACUACAUCGCUCUCCGCGACGUCCUCACCGACUUCGCCAUCGACCUCGCCCAGCUCGUCGUGCGCGACGGUGAGGGCGCCACCAAGUUCGUCACUAUCCGCGUCGCCGAGGCCGCCUCCGAGGACGCCGCGCGACGCAUCGCGAGCACCAUCGCCCGCUCGCCCCUCGUCAAGACCGCCCUCUACGGAAAGGACGCUAACUGGGGUCGCAUCCUCUGUGCUACGGGCUACUCCCUCAUCUCCGAACCCGGCCACGACGUCACCCCCGUCCCCGAGAUCGUGCCCGAGACUACUAACGUCUCGUUCAUCCCCACCGAUGGCUCGGCUGAAUUGAAGUUGCUCGUUGAUGGCGAGCCCGAGGACGUUGACGAGGCGAGGGCGGCGGAGAUUUUGGAGAUGGAGGAUUUGGAGAUCUUGGUUAGGUUGGGAACGGGUAAGGAGGAGGCGAGGUACUGGACUUGCGAUUACAGUCACGAGUACAUUACGAUUAAUGGCGAUUACCGCACGUAG